AUGUCGAGAGAGGAGAUUGUGCAUGCGUAUCGAUAUCUUUACCGCCAAGGGCUGCGGGCUGUGCAGUUUUCCAAGCCAGCGCGCUAUACGCUUCGAGAUCGUCUCCGCCUCUCUUUCCGGAAAGGCGAUGUCACAGAUUUCAGUCCGCAAAAGGUCGACAAUACACUCCAGUUCCUCCGAUAUGCAACUUCGGAGAACGGUCUGGAGCAUAAGAUCCUCAAAAAUCUUUUAUUCGUUUGGUGGUACCAAGAAAGAGGGGGUUUGAAGAAGAAACCUGGCCAGAAGAAGCCGACUCCUGCAGAAGUUGAGAUCAAGACUACAGCAUAUGACACUUUCAACUAUAACAUUCAGAUGCUCAAUGAGACCAUGGGAAUGUGCCUUCCGGCAAUGAUAGUUCGAGACCCGAAUUGA